AUGCAUGCACGCACACGCAGCACACUGGAGGAGCGGAACGUCAAUGACGUCUUCGCAGCGCCGCCACCUUCGCCGGUCGCCAUCCCCGACGACGGGCACGGCGACGAGGACGGCGACCCGCGUGGGCUGCGCGACGAGGACGAGGUUCCCCGCGUGCCAAGACACGCCGAGGAUUAA